AUGUUGGUUUCCAACACAAUCUUACAAUGGCCAACUUGGUCCACGCUAUUUUGCGUCAGCUUUUGUUCCAGUCUCCUGCUUUUUAUCUCAACUGUUAUCCUGCGACGAAAUCAUACGACUGUGUCACGAAAGCAUGAAUCCCACAUUGUCUCAGAGACGAUCGGAUAUCCGCCAGUCGAGCCGCUUCGCGAUUUCGACUGGCAGAAGAAGGAACCAGUCAAGAUUCGGCCGUUCAAGCCAAAAUACAACAUGACAAUGAGCAUUCAGGAAGCGACCGUUAACGAGCUCAUCGAAAUGGAUAAGAACUACCUCGAUCGCAUCAUGCUACGAAGAAACCUCAUCGCCGAACAUUCAGAUACUGUCCUUGCAGCCGAGGACUCAGUGAAACCCGCAGUAAAUGAGUUCUACACCUGGCUGAUCGGAACAUAUCUUCCUACCAGGUUUCCGAGCAUGUUCCAGCUACGAUUAUCUCCCAGUGGCGAGCCGUCCACUCUAUACAAUACAGUCACCGAUGAGGAACUGCCAGUUUCUCCCGGGGAGGAACCCACAGAGACGCUACGCGUUCUAGGCGGCCUAAUCGAUGACGAUAUCCUGUUCCUCAUGCCAUCUGAAGAUGGCGAUGGCUUUACUCUUAAGGGAUUUGUAACGUGCUUCCCGAAUGGCUUUAACACAGCGAAGAAACUCAAUAUGAAGCUUCGCGAUAUCCAUAGGCCGGUCCCGAAUUACAAGGAGAAGCUGGAGAAGAGUAUGGAUCGGUAUUUUCAGAGGCUGCAACCUGGGAAAUUUGUUAAGCGAGCCAACUGGACCAUCACAACGACAAACCAACUCUUCACCGCAUCGGGUAACCAUCUUUACGAGGGUGAGGAACUCCCACAAGAGCAUUUGGACAUUAAUCUGGCUCGCGUCCGUGUCGAACGUCAAUUCCUCCACCGGUUGGCCGAAAGCCGGGCAAUCAUAUUCUCAUUCAAGACCUUGCUCUACACAUUACCAGAAAUCAAGGAGGAAGGGCUUGGUGAGGCACUCGCCGAAGCAAUCGAUGGAUUGAAGCAGGGAAAUGCGCCCGGUUUCCAUUUUUAUAAGCGGGCUGCUGUUUGGGGUGAGUCUGCGAAGGCUUAUCUGCGAGGUGCAUGA